GAGGAAAAUAAAACUCGCUUUGCCCACCGCGUCCUCUCUCGGAGAUCACAAGAUCCGUCACCUCUUCUGCAUCCUCCAACACCAUUGUGCUUCGUCUGAAUCCAAAAGGUUUAACCUUUGCUCGAAGUUCGCGAAACCCUUCACGGAGAUGCCAAUUUAGAGAAUCACAGAUAUGGUGAAGCCAGCGGGAAAGCAGAGCUGUGGGCGCCUUGUCUUCGCUUCAUUCCUCGCUCUUUUAGCCGUCGGCCUCGUCGCCGACUUCCUUUGGGCUUCUUCUCAUCGCUUCUCCUCCGCCAUAAUCUCUCUUCCCUCCUCCGUCAUCGAAAAGCUCCCUCCUAGUCCCAAUGAGAAAGAUACUAAGAAGAAGAAGAAUGAUAAUGCUCUUCGGGAAAGGAAGCUCUCUGCAACGUUCCAAGAUCUGCCUGCUCCUCUGCUACAUUGGGAGAAGAUGUCAGCCGCACCUGUGCCUCGUCUAGACGGAGCUGCGAUUCAGAUUAGAAACUUCCUCUACGUCUUUGCUGGUUACGGCAACAUUAAUCUCGUGCAUUCACAUGUUGAUGUAUACAACUUCGUGGACAACACAUGGGGAGGAAGAUUCGAUAUGCCUAAAGAGAUGGCUCAUUCUCAUUUAGGGAUGGUUACGGAUGGGAGAUUCAUCUACAUCGUCACUGGUCAGUAUGGUCCUCAAUGUAGAGGACCUACUGCUAAGACAUUUGUGCUUGAUACUGAUACAAAUACGUGGAGUGACUUCAUUCCCUUACCAGUUCCUAGGUAUGCUCCAGCUACUCAGCUAUGGAGAGGUAGACUCCACGUGAUGGGUGGAAGCAAAGAGAAUCGACAUACACCAGGACUUGAACACUGGAGUAUCGCUGUUAAAGAUGGCAAAGCGUUGGAGAAAGAGUGGAGAAGUGAGAUUCCAAUCCCUCGUGGAGGACCUCACAGAGCAUGUGUAGUAGUGGAUGACAGGCUUUUUGUAAUUGGUGGUCAAGAAGGUGAUUUCAUGGCUAAACCAGGAUCUCCCAUCUUCAAAUGCUCACGCCGUUUGGAGGUGGUGUUCAGUGAUGUUUACAUGCUGGAUGAGGAAAUGAAGUGGAAAGUGAUGCCAUCUAUGCCAAAACCGGAUUCGCAUAUUGAGUUUGCAUGGAAGGUGGUUAACAACUCCAUUGUGAUCGUUGGAGGGACGACAGAGAAGCAUCCUGAAACCAAGAAGAUGGUUCUCGUUGGCGAAAUCUUCCAGUUUAACCUGAAUACAAUGAAAUGGUAUGUGAUUGGGAAGUUGCCAUACCGUGUGAAGACGACGCUGGUUGGGUAUUGGGAAGGGAAUUUAUACUUCACCUCGGGGCAACGAGACAAAGGUCCUGAUGAUCCUGCACCACGCAAGGUAAUUGCAGAGAUGUGGAGAACCAAACUUAUACUGACUCCAUGAUCAUGAGAGUGAGAGAAAAGAAAUCUAUCUCCCUUUAGUAAUGCAAAGUCGCAACACUUUUUGAAGUUUAUAUUCUUUGAGCCUAACUCAUUCCACUCCACAUAACAAUUGUUAUAUCUAUCUUCUAUGUUGAUGGGGAAGUUGUAUAUUGUAUACUAAAAUCACAAACUUAUAGAAAAUUCCAAUUUUUCCAACACAUC